UGGAACAGUCCUGUAAUGAGCAGAUUUUAGAGAGAGAGAGAGAGAGAGAGAGAGAGGGAGAGAGAGAGCGAGAGAGAGAGAGCGAGAGAGAGAGAGGCCGGAAAACAAGAGAGGACAGAUGACUUGGUGGAAUUGGGAUAUUACAACAACAAUCCAGAUUUCAGCUGAGCGGUGAGAACGAGGACAAAGGAUUGAGAAGUGGGAGAGGAAUAACCUGCUGUGUCUGUUUGUGCGUCUUCAGGAGAGGGCUCUUCACAUCGCGCGGAGAGGAGGAGGGAGGAAAAAAAAGGAGGAAGACGAGGAGCCGGGGAGAUGCUCACACUCCGCUAUGUCUGAUGAGGCUGAGGCUGUGGACGCCUGCUCGCUUCCAGGCCAUGCUAUAGAAAAAUACCCUUAACUUCUCUCCUCAUCUGGCUUUUUCUGCCCUUAAAUGGCGUCCGGGCGCAGCGGCAGCCCCGUCCUGUAUCCCUCCCUGUGUGCUGGUGCGGCAGGGAUGUGGGGAUGCUCUGAUGUCUGAUUGAGCCAAGCUUCGUCUCUGCUGCUGCUGCUGCUGCCGCUGCCACCGCCGCCGCUCGGUGGGCCUGUGGGACUGCCGGAAAAAAAGCCUAGGCCUCGCUUGUCUGGAGCGGCCGAGGCGACGGGCCCGAGCGAGGAAGGUGGAGGAGGAAGUGGAGGAGGAGGAGGAUGAGAAGCUGAGCCUGCAUGCCCAUGGGAAGCAGCAUGCACGGCAGCCACCUUCGUCACUCCAGAGCCAUCGCCGAGGCUCAGAUUGCUUCUCGUGAGGCCACGCUCAUCGGUCUAUUUCUGAAAGGAGGAAACCGGCUUUUUACACCCUGAACUAAGCGAGGAGAGGGAGAGGGAGAGUCGAGGCUCUGCACCACCAUGCUACCUGGUCCAGACGAGGCCUCCUCCCUCCGUGCUCCUUCUGAGUGAACCCGGCCCUUGUUUUUUCUUCUUCUUGACGUUCUAAGGAUUUUGCCUAGACCUGUUUCAUGCAUGUCCACUGGAGGCAGGUUUGACUUUGAUGACGGGGGGUCGUACUGCGGGGGGUGGGAGCAAGGUAAGGCCCAUGGCCGGGGGGUCUGCACGGGGCCCCAGGGUCAGGGCGAGUACGCGGGGGCCUGGAGCCACGGCUUUGAGGUCCUGGGCGUGUACACGUGGCCCAGCGGGAACAGCUACCAAGGCACCUGGGCACAGGGCAAGCGGCAUGGCAUCGGCGUGGAGAGCAAGGGCCGCUGGGAGUACAGGGGGGAGUGGACACAGGGGUUCAAAGGUCGCUAUGGGCAACUGGAAAGCACAGCCAGUGGGGCCCGGUAUGAGGGGACGUGGAGCAAUGGGCUGCAGGAUGGAUACGGCACUGAAACGUACUCUGAUGGAGGAACCUACCAAGGCCAGUGGCUGGGGGGGAUGCGUCACGGCUAUGGCGUGCGGCAGAGUGUCCCGUACGGCAUGGCGGCCGUCAUCCUCUUCCCUUUGCGAACAUCCAUAAACUCUCUUCGCUCUGAGCACAGCCACGGCCCGCCGGCUGUGCUGGAGGACGGCACCGCCACCACGCCCACGGACGGAGUGGUGGCCGGGCUGGCGGGGAGCCCGGUGGGCCGAGGCGGCUUCGCCCUGACGGCUCCCAGCGAGGCGGAGCGGCAGAGGAAGAGGAAAGGACGCUUUCGGCAGUCCAUCCUGAGCGGCCUGAAGCUUCGGCGCUCCGAGUCCAAAAGCUCUCUGGCCAGUCAGCUCAGCAAGCAGAGCUCGUUCUGCAGCGAGGCCGGCAUGAGCACCGUCAGCUCCGCGGCAUCUGACAUCCACUCCAACGCCAGCGAGAGCGAGCAGGGCGCUCCAGUGGACGCCACCGUCACCGAGAUGUACGCCGGAGAGUGGCGGAGUGACCAGAGGGCCGGCUGGGGCGUGAGCCGGCGCUCGGACGGCCUGCACUACGCCGGUGAGUGGGCCGGAAACAAGAGGCACGGAUACGGAUGUACCACCUUCCCCGAUGGCACCAAGGAGGAGGGGAAGUACAAACAAAACGUGCUGGUGAGCGGAAAGCGCAAGAACUUGAUCCCGCUGAGGGCCAGCAAGAUCCGAGAGAAGGUGGACCGGGCUGUGGAGGCUGCUGAGAAGGCCGCGGACAUCGCCAAGCAGAAGGCAGAGAUAGCAAUGUCCAGGAUGAGCCAUGCUCGUGGGAAGGCCGAGGCGGCUGAGGGAGUGGCGCAGAAGGCCAUGGAGGAGUGUCGACUGGCCCGGAUCGCUGCCAAAGAGCUCUCACCCUCCUUCCACAUCUACGGCAAUGGGCUCGAGUGUCAGAGGCCUAAACACCAGGACGCCAAGGACAAAGACCACGAGGUCAUCUCCACGGGAACAGACAGUCCGGAGCUGUGCACUCCGGACACCACGCCGCCCGUGAUAACACCUGAUCUCAGCCCUGUGCUGAGCGUUCCCACCUCACAGCCCCACAGCCCUCCGCCCAAACACGCCCAUCGCCCCAGAAAUGCUUGCUUCAUGCGCCAGAGUGCGGUGGACGAUCAGGGCGGGGCUGAGAUCCAGGUGCUGGUGGAGGGGCGUGGAAUGGAUCUGCCAAGGGGAGGGGCCAACAAUUGGACUGACGACAUGUACCCCGACCGAGGCGGCAGCAGCCGCUCCACCACGCCCUCCCUGCUGGAGGAGCAGGAGGGUCAGAUCAAUGGCCACGAGCAGGCCCCGCUGUCCAACCACAAACCACGGGACAAGUCCAUGUCCAAACACAAGCCCCGCGAACACGCCUCCUCCUACAGAACGUGGGAGCAUUCCUUAUCCAACCAAAAGCCCUCCAAGCAUGCCUCUUCCAAUCACAAGUCGAGGGAGUACUCGUCCUCCAAUCACAAAACAUGGGAUCAUUCUUCCACCAAUCACAAGGCCUGCGAGCAUGCCUCUUCCAACUACAAGCCGCAGGUGCACAUUUUAUCCAAUCACAAGGCCUUGGAACAUAACAUGUCCAAUCACAAGACUUCUGAGCAUGCUUCUUCCAAUCACAAGCCCCAAGAUUAUAUCUCCUCUAAUCACAAUGCAAAGGACCACGUCUCGUCAAGUUACAACCCUCGAGAGCAUGUCUACUCCAACCACCAUCCAAAGCAGCACAACCCUUCCAACCAUAAGCUUCAUGAGCAUGCUGUAAUCGACCAAAGGCUCGAAGGCCCCACCGGGGGCUGGACUGCUGAAAGCACCCUUAGGUGGAGCCCUGCCCACUCGCGUCUCACGGAGCAGGACGAAGAGCGGAUGAACGACUACACGGUGGACAUGAGGCUCCAGUGUCCGGACUCACAGACAGCUCGGGGGCUGGGCCAGGAGUCCCCGGCCCCCAAAAACAACAGGCUGCGAUCCCGAGGCCUUCGGCCCGUCAGAGAGGGAUCCAUGGACUCUGUACAGAUGCUGGACAACCUGAAUGUGGGGGCGGAGCUGGAGGAGUGGCCGCUGCACAGGGACCUUACCCUCUCCCCACCCCUAAAGUCUCAGCCCAUCACUCUGGAGCAGGAAGGAGAGCAUCUCACCCUCAAAUCAAACUCAGGCUCCAGCUCUAUUCUGGUGGUUAUGGUCAUUUUACUCAAUAUUGGAGUAGCCAUUCUUUUCAUUCACUUCUUUAUUUAAGCUUAUACAGGUAUGAUCUACUAAGACUUAUUGAUAACUAUGGUAUAUUAUAUUAUUACUUACUGAGAAGGACAUUCUGCCUAUUCGACUGGAGCCCGCAGCCUGAGUGACGGACACAGCAGAGCCUUUCUAUUGUUGCUACUGGUCUUUUCACCUCCGUUGAAGCCCAUUUCAGUUUCUACAAGAAGCACCCUUUCUUUUCCAAUGCAUAUUUUUCAGCUUGCAACCAU